GGCUGCACGCGAACCCCUUCACCCCCCUUCCCACGGCUCGGCUGCCUGCUCCGCAAUGGGAGCCGCCGCCGUUGCCGCCGUGUAGUUUUUCGUGCUCCUCCUUUUCCUCCUCCUCUUUCUCCUCCUCCUCAGGGCUCCAGUCAGGCCGAUCCGCUCCGCUCACGGGUCCAUCAGCUGAACUAACAUCCUGAGGCUGGAAUUGUGGGGUGAUAUGGCAUCCAUGUUGGAGACCCAAAAGAAGCUCCUGGCUCCUGGCUUUGGAUCGGCCCAGCUCUGGCUAUCAUGGCCAUUCGAAGGAAAACGUAGACAUUGAUUUCUGCUGUGUCUGGAGUCACAUGUACUUAGGUGACAAUUUACAGAAAGUCAACUCUGCAACUUGAUGGGCGACAACCCUUUUCAACCAAAAAAUAUUUCAAAAAUGGCAGAACUCUUUAUGGAAUGUGAGGAAGAAGAGCUGGAACCAUGGCAGAAGAAAGUAAAAGAGGUUGAGGAUGAUGAUGAUGAUGAACCCAUUUUUGUUGGAGAGAUAUCAAGUUCAAAACCAGCAAUUUCAAAUAUUUUGAACAGAGUGAACCCCAGCUCAUAUGCAAGAGGAGUAAAGAAUGGUGCACUCAAUCGAGGUAUUUCUGCUGCAUUCAAGCCUACAACUCAACACUAUACGAAUCCAACAUCAAAUCCAGUGGCUCCCUCACCAGCAAGUUUUCAUCCUGAAUCUAGAUCUUCAAAUAGUUCUGUUAUUGUUCAACCUUUUACUAAAUCUGGUUCUGUAACAAACUCUUUGCGAGUUGUGUCGAAUAACGCUCCAGAGUUACUGUUUGAUUUGACCCAGGAUGCAGGAUUAUCACAUUUUCAAGGUGGACCAACACUUUCUGUAGCAGGUGCGAAUGAAAAUUCAUUUUUAUCGAAACGCCCUUCUGCUUCUGAAGUAAACAGUGUGAGUCCCAAGAAGCCCAAGCCCAGUGAAAGUGUUUCUGGAACAGAUUCCUCAGCUGUAUUCCCUUCAGUUAAGUCUCCUUCAGUAACAGCUCCCCAAGCUGUGCCGUCAAAAGGUGCAAAUGGCUCAUCGAAUCAAUCUAAAAAUGGAACACCUUUUCCAAAAGCUUGUCCAAAGUGCAAUAUUCAUUUCAAUCUUUUGGAUCCUUUGAAAAAUCACAUGAAGUAUUGUUGUCCAGACAUGAUAAAUAACUUUUUGGGGUUAGCUAAAACAGAAUUGUCAAGCACAACAAAUAAAAAUAAGACUAUUGAUUCAGAGAAAGGAAAAUUGAUCAUGUUAGUUAAUGACUUUUAUUAUGGAAAACAUGAAGGAGAUGUCCAGGAAGAACAGAAGACUCAUACAACCUUUAAAUGCUUCAGUUGCUUGAAAAUCUUAAAAAAUAAUAUUAGGUUUAUGAACCACAUGAAACAUCAUUUGGAACUUGAGAAGCAGAGCAGUGAGAGCUGGGAAAACCACACCACCUGCCAGCACUGCUACCGUCAAUUUCCCACACCAUUUCAGCUGCAAUGUCACAUCGAAAGUACACACACUCCCCAUGAAUUUUCUACCAUUUGUAAAAUCUGUGAAUUAUCAUUUGAAACAGAACAUGUUCUUUUACAACAUAUGAAGGACAAUCAUAAACCCGGUGAGAUGCCAUAUAUCUGCCAGGUUUGCAAUUAUAGAUCAUCAUCAUUUUCUGAUGUAGAAACUCAUUUUAGAGCAUCCCAUGAGAACACAAAAAACCUGCUGUGUCCAUUUUGCCUCAAAGUUAUUAAAAUUGCAACACCCUAUAUGCAUCAUUAUAUGAAGCAUCAGAAAAAAGGGAUACAUCGUUGUACAAAAUGCAGACUGCAAUUUUUGACAUGCAAAGAGAAAAUGGAUCACAAGACUCAGCAUCAUCGGACAUUUAUAAAACCCAAACAACUGGAAGGAUUGCCUCCUGGGACAAAAGUUACCAUUCGAGCUUCAGUUGGACCUCUCCAGUCAGGAUCUUCGGUCACACCAUCCAUUAGUGCAAGCACUUCUACCCUUCAGCUCUCACCUCCAAGGACUAAAAAUAUAACUGAUAAAACUCCCACAAAAUUGAAUACAAGUAAACCUAAUACAACCAAAUCCAAUGCGAGUAAACCCAAUGCCAGUAAGCCUAAUGGAAAUAAAUCUAAGUACAAAUCAAAGAUCUCUAAUAUGCAAAAGAAACAAAGCACAUUGGCUAGUAGCAAUAAAAAAAGUAAAGUCAAUACAGCAUUGAGGAACUUAAGGUAUCGUCGGGGCGUUCACAAGUGCAUUGAAUGUUGUUCCGAAAUAAAAGAUUUUGCAAACCAUUUUCCUACAUAUGUCCACUGUAGUUUUUGCAGAUACAACACUAGCUGUAGCAAAGCCUAUGUAAAUCAUAUGAUGAGCUUUCAUAGUAACCGUCCAAGUAAAAGGUUUUGUAUAUUUAAGAAGCAUUCAGAACUCAGGGGCAUUACUGUAGUGUGCCUUAAUUGUGAUUUUCCAAGUGACGUUUCUGACUUAGAUAAUAUGGCUACACACUUAUGUCAACAUGAAGCUCAUACUUGCCAAGUUGUAAUAGGGAAAGUUUCUGUUUGUAUCCCAACUUCUGAACAUCUUUCUGAAUUGAAAAAUGAAGCUCCUACUAAGGAACAAGAACCUGUGUCUAAGGAAGUUGCAAAACCUAUGACUGAAGGAGAAACAGAAACAUCACAUUCAGAAAGAAAACAUGAUAAAGCUUCUUCAGAAGACAAAAAUGAAUGCAACGCAGGCUUAUUAGAAGGUCCAUCAGCAACAAAAAGUGCAGAAAGCCCAGCGAUUUCAGAUAAGGAAGAUGAUACCUGUCUUACAGACCAGGAACUUGGCUCAGAGACAAUCUUCAGUUAUGAUUCAAAUAUUACUACAGAUGAAGUGGGAAAGGAAAAACAAGUACAACGUGUUUGUCAGGAAACAGAAUUAAAGAAGUGCAAAGAUACAGAAAACACUGUUUCAUGCGGCCAGAUGGAAGAUCUUAGCUCCAGUAAAGCUAAGUGUUCUUCAAAGAAUAUUAAGGAUUUGCGGUUGACAUCAGGGGAUGUUAGCAUAGAUCAGUUUUUGAGAAAGCGAGAUGAACCUAAAUCUGUUAGUUCUGAUGUUAGUGAGCAAGGCAGUGUUCAUUUGGAACCUUUGACUCCUUCAGAGGUACUUGAGUUUGAAGCCACAGAGAUUCUUCAGAAAGGUAAUGGUGAUCCUUCAGCCAACACUGAUGAAAUAGUGUCUGAAACAGAUGACAUUCCUGGAGGAAAUAGUCCUGGCAUGACAGAGACGACAGUAGACCUGGCAGAUGAAAAAGAAAGAAGUUGAAAUUAGUCUUUCUAAGUUUUAGUGUACCAGCGGCAAGAGCAUUUGCAACAGUGCUAUCAGGUGAGCUCAGUGGUGCUGUUGUAGAGAUCAGAAAUAGAAAAAUGUGAAGGAGGUCAUUUAUACACUUUACCUGUCUGUUCAACCUAAGUUAUUAAAUAAGUCUGCCCACCAAUAAUUCCUUGAUUAGUAUGGCCUUCCAAGUUUCUAAAGACAUGAAAAGUAUGUUAAUGAAGGUUAGGUUUGCAGUGGAAAGCUUCAAAUUUUCCUUAGACCUAAGCUAAAAAUUACUACUACCUGUAUAUCCUUUUCAGUUAAAGGAAGAGACUUGGAGACCAUGCAUCAUUGGGGAAAUAAUAGAUUUUAAAAUAAUGGCUGAUUGGCAUUGUUAAUGAAGGCUUUAUUUUGAACAUGAUGCUGGUAAACAGAGCAUGCUUUGAGUGCUAAAUUGACCUGAUGAGAAUUUGAAUGAACAUAAAUUUAAUUUUGAAUUUAAUAUAACAUUCCAGUCUGUCAGAAGCAUGUAAAAAGAAUAUUUGAAUCUGUGUACCUCCAUCCAAGUGUUAGCCUGCCAGGCUGUAAGCUUACCUUUAAUUAAACUUUCAGUGAAAGUGAAAUUAUUAAAAUAUAAAUUUAUAUUUGUGCUUUUUGUCAGUGUGUAAGCUGUGCAGAAAUCUCUUGAUGUACUAGUUGUAUAAAGUAGAAACCCAUUGUUGGAACUCCUGUAGCUACUAUGCUUUUAAUAUUGUUUUAAUGAUUUUUAGAAAUAGGCCCAUAAAAAAGGUCUGGAAGCCAAACCAAAGUCUGGUAUAAUGUAGAUAUUGUAAAGCAGUAAACUGAAAACAUGUCUGGGCAUGUAUUCAGCCAUGUUUUUAAUUGACUUUUCUUUAAUUGUAAAAUAAUAACUUCAAAUGGGACCUAACGCAGUGAUGUAAAAAUUGGUUUUGGGAAUUGAGCCUAUUUGUUCAUAAGACGGCUGUUACAUUGAUUUUUCAAUUUUUUUAUCAUCUAGAAAAUAAUAGAUAUAGAAAUAAUAUGAAGAACAGUAGUUUGCUCUGAAGUACUAAUAAACUUUUAUUUAAAAUGCUACAUUUUAACUUCUUAAAAUGUGCUUUGAAUUCCUAGAUUCUGUUUCACUGAAUGUUACAUGUUUUAAAUGGCUAUUAAAAUUCUGCUGUAUAUAGUAGUUUUUGAGUAAAUAUUUGCAAUAAAAAUUUGUCCCUGAAUAAUUUUA